AUGGUACUCCAAAAUUUGUAUAAAAAAUAUGAACAUUUUAAUAAUAUAAAUAAUAUAGAUAAUAUGUCAUCAUGUAAAAUGAAUAAGGGUUUUAAUAAUUCUAUCGAUGUGGAUUCUAUAAAGGAUAAAUGUAAUAACAAGUAUGAUGAUUUAGAUGAGAUAUCUAAUAAAAAUAAAAAAGAAAAAACUGAAUUAGAAGAUAAAAAUUAUAUUGAUUUUUUAAACAAAAAUAUAUGUGGUGAUGAAGAAACAGAGAUAACAUAUUAUGAUAAUAUACACAUAGAAUGUCGAAGAAACAACAUUAAUUCUAGUGAUAAUAAAAAAGAAGACGAAAUAAAAAGUAAGAAGGAAAAUAUGAUAAUUAUGAAAAAUUUGUUAAAAAAACUUUCAUUCAUGUCUUUUAAUACAGGACUUUUAGAAUAUAAAAUAUGUGGUAUAAGUUUUUAUAAGAAUCCUCCAUUUAUAUCUAAAAGAUUAGCAUAUAUUCCUUAUGCAUUAAAAAAAACGGAUGCAGAUAUUAUAGCAUUACAAGAAGUAUAUGAUGAAAAACAUGCAGAAUUCUUGAGGAUUAAUUUGAAAUCUCUUUAUCCAUAUUAUGCUAGAGAUUAUUAUUGUAGUCAAGAUUUUAUAAAGAUAUUUUGUAACCAAAAGAAAUGUCAAGUUUAUACAGAUAAUACAUGUUAUGAAAAAAAAUGUAAUCAUACACAUAUAUGUGAUCAGAAUGAUAUAUACAAUUCUACAGAUGCAAAUAAAAAUAUGCUCAGUAAAAAUUGUAAUAAUCAUAAAAUUAAAUAUAAAUCAAAAAAUUCAAAGAGAUUUUAUAGGUUUAAAAGAAAAAAGAAUUUUUUAGCUUUACAUCAUGGUUUAUUAGUUUUUAGUAAAUAUCCAAUUAUAUAUUCCAACUUUCAUAGCUUUAAGCGUGUUACAUAUUUAGAAAAUUUAUUCGGAACAAAAGGUUUUCUAGAGGUAGUUAUUGAUGUUCCUUCCUUUAGUUAUGUCACUUUGAUUAACAUGCAUUUAGCAAGUGCAGCUGUUCGUAUGGAAUCAAAAUAUAUAGAAAAAGUAAGAGAUUAUGAAAUUAAACAAAUCAUGAAAAUAGCUAGCCAAGCACAAAAACGAAAUACCAUUCCAAUUAUUAUUGGGGAUUUAAAUGCUGCACCUAAUUUAUGCCCAAAUAAUUAUGCUUCUUUUAUUAAGAAUGGGUGGAAGGACGCUUGGCUAUAUGCAAGAAAUAGAAAAGAAAAACAUGCAAAAAUUAAAAAUAAAGUCCCAAAAAAUGAAACAAAACAUAUAAACAUAAUAUAUCCUAAUAAUACAUUUAAUGUGAUAGGAGAUAAUAUAUUAUGUUUAAAAAAAAUAAAAAAAAUAAAUAACAAUACAGAAAAAAAAAAUCAUUAUUUUAGUAAUAAUAAAUAUGAAGAUUCUUUUCAUGAUCACACAAUAUGUAAUAAUCAUCUAAACGAAGCAGAGUUAUAUUAUUCAAAUCGGAAUUCAAUAAAUAGAAAUAUUAUGGAUGAAAUAAAAAAAAAAGGGAAGCAUAAUAUAUUCUCAAGUAAUAAAAAGAACAAAUGUAAUAAAAUAUUGUAUUAUAAAAAGUGUUCUUCUCUAUAUCAAAACAAUGAUUUCUCUUAUGAAAAAAAAAAAAUUAUAAAUAAUAAUAAAACUUUUUAUAUGAAUCCUAAUAUAUUACUAUACAAUUAUUGUAGUAUAUGUCAACCGUAUAAUUAUAAUAAUAAUAAUAAUGAAUAUUAUAAGAAAUUUUUAAACAAACAAAAUAAAUUAUAUAUUUUAGAUAACCAUGAUUCGUUUUAUCAACCAUCCAAUUACGUGGAAACAAAUAGUAAUUUUAGAAUUUGUCAUGAACAAAUAAGUAAAGAAAGUAGAAAAAAAAUUUUUUUUUUUAAUAUAUCAGCCAAUGGUAAAUUCAUAUUCACACCAUACAACUUACAAAAUAAAAAAGACAAAUAUUAUUCAUCCAAAAAUAGAAAGAAAUAUAUAUUCAUACAAAACAAAAAAGAUGUUUAUCUUAAACAAUAUGGAAAAUAUCUCAACAUGGUAAAUAUUAAUUAUAAGAAAAUCAUAAGAAAAAAAAUAAUAAAAAAAUGUGGAAAAAAUAAGAAAGAAUAUAGGUUAAAAUAUUUGUGUUACAAAAAAAUAAUGAAUAAUAAUAGUAAAACUAUAAAUUAUGUAUCAAGUCAUUAUUCCUACAAAAUCAAUAAAAAUUUCACAUCUGAUAAUUAUAAAAAAAAUGAAAAUAUUAUCCAUAAAAAGAAAACAACAAAAAAAGAAAUAUAUAAAAUAUUCAAAAUUAUACAUUAUUUAUAUGAUAAAAUAAAAAGGAUCAAACAUUUUUCAAAUAUGUUUCAUCCAAUAGAUCAUAUAAAAAAGCUAAUAAAUAAUAAUUAUAUUACAAAAAAUAAAAAUACAAAAGGGUUUCAUAUUUUUAGAAAACUAUUUUCUAAACAGUUUAUGUGUGAUGAUAGCACUAAGAAUAAAAGUUCUUCCUCAGACAAUACAUAUCAUAAUUAUUACGAUUACAUAAGGAAAAAUAACAAAAAAAUGAAAAAAAGGACAAUAUGUAAUCAUAUAAAUAAAUAUAAUAAAACUAUGAACUAUUUAAAUAAUCAUAAUAAUAAAAAGAUAAAUUAUAACAAAAUAUAUAGGAAAAAAUUAUCCUUAUAUAAAAAAUAUAAUUGUUUUUAUAGAGAAAAAACAAAAUUUAUACAUGAUAAUAAUGAAACAAUACAAAAUGAUUUAUAUCAAAAUUAUUAUAUACAUACAUUGACAAAUACACAUGGAAAUAAUUAUUAUAAUUUAUAUACAAAUGAUGUAUCUACAAAUUUGUAUUACGAUGAAAAGGUAAGGCAUAAAAAUAUAUUAUUAUAUGAACAAGGGAAUAGUACACAAUUUGAAGAGUAUAUUAAAAAUUAUGAUCAUAUAGCUAAUAAUAUAUAUCAACAUGAUACCAAUGAGGAAUAUAUAAAGGACCCUCAAAAGAACAAAGAUUAUAGUGAGAAAAAAACAAAAAGUGAAUAUUAUGAUUUUUCAUAUAAAAAUACGAAGAAAUGCCCUUCAAAUAAUUUACAUGAAAUAAAUUCACACCACAAAGUAUAUUCAAAUAUAGAACAAAAUAUUACCACUUAUACAAACGAAUACAAUAUAUUUGAUACAAAUAUUAUAAAUGAUAAAAAUGACUCGUAUCCAAAUGAAAAUGUAAAAUGCUUCUGGAGUCUCAUUUUUAAGGCACUCAUAAAAUGUAAAACGGAUAAUAAAGUAAAGGAACAUGAAAAAACACAGAAAAUAAAGAAAUACUUAUUAAUAUUUCCAAAUAAUACACAUAGUAAUAAUAUAAUAAAUGAUCAAACAAUUAUUAGAGACAAUAAUUAUAAAAAAUGCAAGAAAAAAAAAUCCACUGUUAUAAAAAAAAUUAUAAAGUUCAGCAAGACUAAACAUAUCAACAAAAGGAACCAUACAAACAGUAUAAAGAAAAUAAAUAAAAAGAACAAAAAUAUAUACCUAAGAAAUAUGAAGAUAAAUAAAUCGUUAAAAAUUGAUAAUAGCAAAAGACUAAACGUUUUUAGGUUUAUUCAUAAGGAAAAAAAUAUAUGUUAUGAUAAUAAUAAGAAUAAACAAUAUACAUUAUUAAAUUAUCAAGACAAUCUAAAGAAUCCUAGUGUAAAUAUUAAUAAAAAAAAGAAAUUGCAUAUCUUGAAAAGGUCUCACUAUAUACUUCAAAAAAAAAAAGUACACAUACGAAAGUGUAUUAUUCAUUAUAUCAAUAUAUUCAAAUGUAACAAGUCAAAAAAAAAAAAUUACAACAAAUAUUAUAAUAAUCAAAAAAAAGAAAAAUCAAAGAGAACAUUUAUAUGUGAACAAAAAGGAAAUACUUAUAUAAUUCCAUAUAAUAACGAAUCAAAAAAUAAAGACACAAGAGAAGAGAAAAAUUUUAUUUUUGUAAAUAAUGAAAAACAACAAAAAAUUUAUCCCCUUAAAUGGAAAGGAAAAAUAAAUUAUAAUCAAAAGAAAACAAGUUAUAAAAAAAAGAAAGCAUUAAAUGAUGAAUUUACAUGGGAUCCAUUAAAUCCUCUAAAUGCUAUAGGCCCUCAUUCUAAAUGUAACGGGUUAAGGUGUGACUAUAUAUUUUUUCCAUCUGUUAAUUAUCAAAAAAAAAAUGAGAAUCCUAAUACAAAUCAUAAAACACAUAAUAAAGAAAAUGCAAAAAAUGAAACAUAUGUUUUAUCAAAAAGAUAUUUAAACAAUAAAAAAAAGUAUACCAACAUUUCUUACAAAAAUAAUCACAAUAAUGAAAAAAGUGUAGAUGAGUCAUCAUUCCAAUUUCAUAGAUACAAUGGAUUAACAAUUUUAAAAUAUUAUUAUAUCAGGAGUGCAAAAAUAUUGUUUAAACAACCAUUAGUAAUGGUUAAUUCAAAUAAUAAAAUGAAAAAACUUAAGUGUUCCUAUUCAUUUUCAAUGAAUUUAAAAAAUGUACGUUUUGUAACUAUGUCGGACCAUUAUGCUAUAAAAAUUGAAUUAAGGUUAAAAAAAAAAUAUAUUCCUAAAAAGAAUAUGAAAUUAGUCAAAUGA